AUGACAUACCCAAAGGCUCAAAGCAAGGACACGGUGAUAUACCUUCCUCGGCCAGCAGCCGAUCGGCUGCGGGAAUCCAACUCGAAGCAGGUAUCUGAGCUUUGGCAGCUUCGGAUGGCUCUGCACAGGAGCAUGUCCCGUGCACACAAGCAUCAGUGCUUACAGGCCAGGCUGUCGGCUGCAAGGGCAGGGGCUGCCGCGUCUUUCACGGCCCUGGAGAACCGAACAGAGACCAUCGAGGCGGUGAGCGAGACGAAUUCGAAGAAGCUGCAGCGCCUGAAGGGUGUGGCAAGAGACCUGAACCUCAAGUGCAAGUUGGCAUCGGCACGACUUCGUGUCCUCAGGGCCAUGGCAAAGCAAAUCGGCAGCGAGACCUUUGCCAAAGAGCGAAGCAGUCUGAUGGCUCUCAUCUUCGAGCUUCACAUGGAGCAGGAGCAGGCCACGCCAGAACUUCUGCUCCACGUCCAGGAGCAAGUCCUGAAAGCGAUCGAUGCAGAGACCUGCUCUUGCCCAGCCUUCGAAGACUGCGAAGACGACACCUCCACAGGCUUGGAUGGCCCUGCUCCGGCUCCGGCUGAAGGCAACUUCGUGAUUUAUAUGUACUUGCCGCCACUUCUUCGCUCGUCCAUUCUGCCGGCGCCAUCAAAGCAAGCGCAGCAACAGCUGAAGAAGGCCCAGGCAUCUGGCCUGCUGGAAGGCAUCGUGCAAGAGACCCUGAGCAAGUUCGGCAUCAAUGCCCGAGUGCAUCGCAUGAGGCCACCCAUACUGCUCGAUGGUGGAGAGCUCCGAGCUCCUUCGGGUACUGCCAAGAUACAAGAUUUGGGCCUUGUGAUCGCCCCGAGCCCUCCAGGAAGAGCCUGGGUGGUGGAGGCAGUGGAGCAGAACAGUUGGGCAGAUGCCUUUGGAGUGCGUGUAGCGGACCGCAUCUUAUGGAUCAAUGGCUGGCCGACAUCUGCUAUGAGCCCGGCACAGCUUCUGCAGUGGAGUGAGCAUCCUCUUACUUUGUUCCUCGCUCGCAAGGGAGGUGAAGCCUCCACGAGGAUGGAAGAGUCUUGCGCGCUUCGGAUCCAAUCGAGCUGGCGUGCGCGCAAGCGGUUCAAAGUGUCCUCAAGACGGUCUCCAAGUCUGAUGGGCCUACCUUUGGAUGGCCACACAAGACUUUCGGCAUGUGCUGGGAGACUGGUGUCUGUGUUGGGCUUACACUUUCUGCCGGCCACCUUGCCGGGCCCGUUUCUCCAGAUCGAAAGAGUGGACCCGGAAUCUUGGGCAGAGCGGGUGGGAGUGGAGGCUGGAGACAAGCUACGAUGCAUAGAUCGCGAGUGGACCGAGCAUCUUACAGACCAACUCUUCGCGCAGUUGCUGCUGGAGCGGCCCAUUCGGCUGAUCUUCGAUGCUGUGGAGCGGGUGGGUGAGACUCGCGACACCACGCAAUUCACUGCAGUGGCUGGUAUGAAGGACAGACAGCUGGGUUUCCGACUUGCUUCUCUGCCCCCGGCUCCGUAUCUGUUGGUCCAGAGCGUGGAGGAACAUUCAUGGGCUUUCCAUGCCGGAGUGCAAGAAGGUGACCAUCUAGUGGCCGUGUACCGGAAGCGGAUGGCCGAAAUUUCCGCUGAGCAGUUGUUGGGCAUCUUCAAAGGCCCUCGCCCGCUUCGCUUGACGUUCAGCCGCCUGAAGCGUUUCACUGUCACCAUCACCACUCGGGAGAAUCAGAUGGGCUUACAGACCAAUGGCGUCCCUCCAGCAGCCUUCUUGGAAAUACGGACAGUGGAUCGAGGAAAAUGGGGUGAACAGGUGGGAGUAUUCGUUGGAGACGCCCUGGUAGCGGUGAACGGAGUGUGCUUGGACAGUAUGUCCAGGCGGGAGUUCAUCCGACAAAUGAAGGAGGAACGACCGCUGUCCCUCACUAUCGAUCGGAAUCACGGAGGGAAUUCACUUGACCGGUUUGAGCGCUUCACGGUCACUGCGGGUGAGGGAGAUGCCCGCCUUGGCUUGCGACUGUCCGGUUUGCCACCCGCAGCCUGGUUACUUGUCGAGAAGGUCGCUGAUGCAGGUUGGGCACAAGCGAUGCAAAUCACGGUGGGGGACCGUCUUGUUGCAGUGGAGCAUCUGUGCCUGGACCUCGUGCAGAAGGAACAGUUCCUGGAGCUUUUCCGAAAUGUGCGACCGGUGCGGCUUACAUUUGCGCGGGCAAAAGAGCAUGACGAAGAUGUUGUCGAGGAAGAAGAGGUGGUCGAAGAGGAGGAGGUUGCAGUGGCGGGGGCCUUGCACAUCCUUUCGCCUGCGCAUGGCUUUGAGUCCCUCCUCGAGGCUGAGGACGCCUUCAAUGAAUGGAUGCUCUCCGCAUGUGAAAAAUACGGCAAGGGCAUCCAUAAGAAAGUUCAUGGCAAAGCCAAGACACUUGGCAGAGCCUAUGCCUUAGUGUGGCAGGCCUACAGGAAGAAGCUGGAGAAGGAUGAGAGUCGCACGGACGACAUUGACAAGGACGAUCAUGUGCUGAUGGUAUUCCAUGCCAAGCUCUACCGAGAUAUCGGCUCCUUCAUCACAGCUGACCACAUUCCUGGCGGGGCGGAGCAGUUCGGCUGGCCGCCACAGGCAACCAACAUCCACACCGGGACGAUGGCUGUCCAAGCUGCAGUGACCCAGGCUGCGAAGUCGAUGACGGACGACCACUUGGAGCAGUUGUUCAGCGGACCACCACCAGUGCUCAAUGCGAUGUUAGCUAAGCUGGCAGGGGAAACGGAUCUGAAGGUGCUGCACGGCCCUGGCAAUGCCGACUCCUUGCGUUGGCCACCCCAGAAGGAGCGAAGGCAUCGCUCGCGGUCCUCUCGACGCUCUGAUGACGAGCAAGCAUCUGAGGAUGAAGUUGCUUGUGCUGUGGUGCUGGUAGCUGUCUUCGUGCCGAUGCUGGCCGCGUGCCUAUCUUUGGAGGCGAUGCGCUUAGACUCCGUGGUUUCAAAACCAAAGCUGCGAAGCUCCAGUGGUCAGGGCCGCAGGGCAAAGCCUCCUCGUGGCUUCCACCCCUUCCGUGUUGGCCUCAGGCUUGACAUGGCAGAGCCAGAGCUCCGCCCCAGCCUCGUUCUGCGGAUUCCGUAUCGGGACUGGGUCCUCUGGGAGUGUCCUCCCUUCGCGCUGGGUCUGCUUUGCGGCAUCCUGAUGAGCGUCGCUGGGGCAGCUCUGGCCACGUUCUUUUGCGGCGAGUUUUUCUCGGGCGGUGAAAGACCCGCUGCUCGGCUGUUUGCCAACGUAGCUGCGUCUGUCCUCGCAUACACUGCCCGUGCCAUAGAUGCCGCAGUGGAUUGUGCUGAGGGCAAAUCCGCCAUCAGCGGCACGAGUGACUUCCUGCGGUCCAAGUUCGUCAGCAGCUUCUGCGGAGCACUGUCGGCUUUCUCGGGCACCAUAGGGGACAUCGCUGACGUGCAGUUCGGGUCGGCAGCCGAAGACAGCAUCCUCGACUCAUCCACCCAUGAGGCAAAUGACACGGGGCGUGCUGAUAAGUGA